AUGUAUAACCUCAGGUACGCCAACCUCAACGCAACUGUCGAAGAAAUCCACAAUGCUUGCCGUGCUGCCCACGUCCACGACAGCAUCAUGGCUUUCCCGGAGGGUUACAAUAAAAAUGUUGGAGUUCAUGGGUCAUGUCUUAGCGGUGGCGAGAAGCAGCGUCUUGCAAUUGCUCGCGUCCUGCUAAGAAAUCCCCGCAUUAUCCUGCUGGAUGAAACCACCGCCGCAAUUGACACUGGUACGGAAGAGCAUAUUCAGCCCUCUCUCAAACAACUUGCUGCUGGCCGUACAGUGAUCAUCGUUGCCCAUCGUUUGAGCACAGUCAUCAACGCCAACCAGAUCUUAGCCAUUCAUGAGGGCAAAGUAGUGGAGGGCGGCACGCAUAAAGAGCUCUUGGAUCGCAAAGACCCCUACGCUGAAAUGUGGCAAAGACACAUCAAGAAUGGAACAGGAGCCAAGACCAAGGACAACGGCGGUUAUCUUAGACGUAUUCAGGCCCAGGUUUGGUAUGAGGUCUCCAGGAGUAUGUACUACCGCCGCGAAUACGCGUCAUCGCGUCAGACAAUUAGAUUUAGCAACAGCCUUUCUGAGACCUCUCCCCCCAGGAUGCAGAAAUACACGUCCAUUACCAGGUGA